AUGUCUCUGGCAUCGAAGAUCACUCUCGGAUCUGCUGUAGUGUUUGCAUUGGGAAUUAUUGGUCAUGUACAUUAUAAGCAGUAUUCGGACAGGGAACAACUUCACCAAGGAGUUCUAAAUGACAUAGAAAGAAGGCAAAGACGGAAAACGGAAAAUGUAUUGAAUCUACAAAAACAACUCGAGUUGGCCAAGGAACUGCAAAUAGCUGAAGAUAGGGCUAAAGAAACCACCUAG